AUGCGGGGGCAAAGACACCGGGUUGGGUCAUCGGGUCAUCGCCAGAGGCGGAGCCGCUCCCGCACCAGCAUCUAUGGCCUGUCCUUUACUGCGAGGGACAUGGAGUCCCUCCUGAGGGACGGCCACUACACCCAGCACCUCAGCUCUUCCGCUCCGAUCUUCCUCAUGGCUAUCAUCGAAUAUAUCACCGCCAAGGUCCUGGAGCUGGCAGGCAGGGAGGCCCGGAACCGCGGUCAGAGCCGAAUUACUCCGGAGUCAUUGGACAUGGCCAUCCACAAUAAUUUGCAGCUUCGUGCCUUCUUCUGGAAUACGACCAUCUGCCAGGUGCUCACGCACCAGGAGUAA